AUGGAGCGAGAUAGGCUGCUGGUCGUGCUGAUGCUAGUGUGUGUGUGUGAGAUGUGUGUGUGUCAGCACUGGUCAUACGGCUGGCUCCCAGGAGGCAAGCGCAGCAUAGGAGGGGAACUGGAGGCCACAUUCAGGAUGAUGAACGGGGGCGACACAAUUACUCCUCUAGCAGAUGAGAAAUUACAACCCUAUGAUGUCGUCAACGAUGAAUUGGAGGAGAAUGUUGUGAGAAGAGGUCGAGGACCAUUCAGAAGAGUACUCCUAGACUAAUGGACAUGUGCACACACACACACACGCACGCACACACACGCACACGCACA